AAUCCAACUCCAUAAAGAGAAAGUCAGGGAUUUAGCCGGCUAACUCAAUAUAUAUAGUUUGCGGGCUGUAGGUCUGUGUGUCUCUGUGUCUGUCUCUGUGCAGUCUCUCGUCUCUCCAGUCCCACGGAAGUGGGGAAUACGGAUCAUCCAAGAUGGCGACCGAGAAACGGAUGUCGUCCAGCCGCAAGCACAACGUGAAGAGCUGCAUGCUGACCGUGGCCAAGGAGCUGCUGGAGGCUGAGGCCGUGGUGAAGGCAGAGGAGAGGGACAAGUUCCUGCAGGACAACUGUCCUCCCCUCGACGUGCCCUACUCCAGAGAGGAGCUCACAGAACUCUGUCUGUCGCUCCACGACGAAAUCAACCUGGGGGAAGAAGAGAAGUACGGCAUCGAGUUUAAACUGGGCCUGGUUCUGAACGAGGUCAGAGAUCUCAACAUCAAGAUUGUUGAUCUGAGAGGGAAGUUCAAGAAGCCCAAACUGAAGAAGGUGCGCAUGUCUGCUGACGCCAUGCUGAAGGCCCUGCUGGGCUCCAAACACACCGUCAACAUGGACCUCCGAUCCAACCUCAAGCAGGUCAAGAAGGAGGUCAAGGAGGAGGACAAGCAGCUGAGGGAUGUGGGCGACUGGCGUAAGAACAUCGAAGACAAGUCUGACAGGAAGAAGAUGUUCGACAGUUAAAAAUUGACAAAGCUGAUUGGUUGCUGGAUGGUUAAAACUACGUGAUUGGUUGUUUGAAAUGAGAAUCAGACGGUAUUCUAAACUGCGUUUAUCUAAAGAACCACAAAACCUUUAAGUCAGAAGACUUCUUCAAAUACGUUAUUAUUUAUGAACCUAAAACUUAAUUUUGAAUAACAAUUUCUUUUUCUGAGAAUGAUAUUGCAAAUUUAGUGAGAAAUUUAAAUGAAUAAAGAAAGUAAUACUUUGAGAAUUUUCUUUCAAACUGUUUUUUUGGAUCUCAAGUCAAGUUUACAGAUUGUUUUGUGAAAAGUUCUCUAAAAGAGAAGAUGCCAAGGAAAUGUCUAAAUGCAGUUGGAAUUCCUUGAUGUAAAGAUUUGAAUUCAUGACUACAUGUCUUCUUAAGUUGGUCAACAUUGUCCUUUAUUUGAAGAACUGUAGAACAAUAAUAUCUCUUCAAUGUAUUUUGUUUUAUUCUUGAGAUUAAAAACAAAUGUUUUACGGUC